AUGCUGUCAUGGGCUCUUUCCCUAAUGUUAGGUCCGACACUUGCGGCUGCGGCUUCGGCAGCUGAUUAUUAUGUUCACGAUCUACCGGGAGCUCCUGAAGGGCCUUUAUUGAAAAUGCACGCCGGACACAUCGAAGUCGAUCCGGCGACCAACGGCAACCUCUUCUUCUGGCAUUACGAGAACAGACAUAUCGCAAACCGACAACGUACAGUAAUCUGGUUGAAUGGUGGACCGGGAUGCAGUUCUAUGGAUGGCGCCUUGAUGGAGGUUGGCCCAUACCGACUCAAGGACGACCAUACACUGGAAUACAAUAAGGGCUCUUGGGAUGAAUUCGCCAACUUGCUCUUUGUUGAUCAACCCGUCGGUACUGGCUUCAGCUACGCCAACACAAACAGUUACCUCCAUGAGCUGGAUGAAAUGGCGGCCCAUUUCAUGAUCUUCUUGGUCCGAUUCUUUGAAUUAUUCCCAGAGUAUGAAAGAGACGACAUCUAUAUUGCUGGUGAAUCAUACGCAGGUCAACAUAUCCCUUACAUCGCCAAGGCGAUUAAAGAUCGUAACAAGGUCGCCGAGGUAAACGGGAAAACAAAGUGGCCACUCAAGGGUAUCCUGAUCGGAAACGGCUGGAUCUCACCGGAACAAUAUCCAUCGUACUUUGAAUUUGCCGAGCGUGAAGGUUUGAUCGAAAAGGGAACAUCGACAUAUCAAAAAAUUGAAGCCGUGAACUCCGUCUGCUUGUCCAAGCUGGAACUUCCGGGGGUCAAGAGUCAGGUCAAUGUUCCCGAGUGCGAAGAGGUCCUGCAAAGCAUGUUGUCGAUCGGUCAGUUUGAUGGCGAGUGCAUGAAUGUGUACGAUGUCCGGUUGAAAGACAGCUGGCCUGCAUGUGGCAUGAACUGGCCUACAGACCUGACUAAUGUCUCACCGUACCUGCAGCGACAGGACGUGGUGAAAGCCUUGAACAUCAACCCCGCGAAGAUGACUGGCUGGCAGGAAUGCUCUGGAGGCGUGAGCAGAGCCUUCCGUGCCUCGAAAUCCCAGGCAGCUGGCAAGUUGAUUCCUGGUCUGAUUGAAGACAAUGUCAACGUGCUUCUGUUCAGUGGCAACAAAGACAUGAUCUGUAAUCACAUUGGUACGGAGACUUAUAUCCACAGUCUGAAGUGGAAGGGCGCAACUGGCUUUGAGACCGCACCGGGCGAGUGGGCCCCACGCCAUGAUUGGACUUUCGAGGGUGAACCGGCUGGCAUCUACCAACACGCCCGUAAUCUCACCUAUGUCCUCUUCUAUAAUGCCAGCCAUAUGGUCCCUUACGACUCUCCUCGUCAAACUCGCGAUAUGCUUGACCGCUUCAUGAACGUGGACAUCGCUAGUAUCGGUGGGAAGCCUGCUGAUUCCCGUAUUGACGGCGAGAAACUUCCCCAAACCUCGGUCGGCGGUCACCCCAACAGCACUGCUGCCGAGCAGGAAGAGAAGCAAAAGAUCAAGGACACCGAAAUGCACGCCUACACCAAGUCCGGCGAGGCUAUUCUGGUGGUGGUUAUCAUCGGUGUCACUGUCUGGGGAUUCUUCAUCUGGCGCAGUCGUCGGUCCAACCAGGGUUACCGUGGAGUCCAUCCCCAAGAUAUGGAUAUGCGCGCUGGAUCCGUCCUAGAUCGGUUCCAGAACAAGCGUACUAACGACAUUGAGGCCGGUGACUUUGACGAGUCCGAACUAGAUGAAUUGCAUCUAACGAGCGCUGAUCAUGGUCACUACGCAGUUGGCGAUGUCAGCGAUGACGAGGACAAUCAUCCGAAUCAUCACCAUGAAUCUGAGCAGCCUAAUGUGGGAAAUGAUCACCGUGAUCCUUUAUGA